UACCUUUUUUUCAACAUGGGACGCAGACUAUUAAAAGAGCGUGUUCUAUUUGCUUGACAUACAGUGUUCAAUAAUAAUUUAUAUAAUCGCAAUCCACAUUGCGUCCCUUUUUGGAAACUUGGAUUUUGUUUGUUAGAAUCAAGAUUCCUUUUCCACAAUGGGCCAAACGGCAGUUGCUCACUCUCUCUUGCUGUACGUAGUCGCCCCUGCUCUCGUUUCGAUUGCUAUCUGCAAAAGUGGUCUGAUUCCCGCGACCGCUUCUCCCGAGGAUGGCAGCAUCUCUUGGCCGGCUUUCUUCGCGACGUACGGCCUGCUGGCUGGCUUGGCGUACUUGACGGCAGCCGUGUUUUCGUUCAUCUACAGCCCUCUGGAGUUUUACGGCGAUGAAGGGAGAGAUUCCUACUUGAUCGGCAAGGCCCGGGCCGGGCUGUCCAAGGAAGAAGCGGUGGCAGAGAUGAAACGAUCGCGGAAGAUCGGUGACAUACCUCCCGUCUAUCCCAACGGUUGGUUCAUUGUCUUCAGGUCUGCGCAGGUCAAGAAGAUGGAGACGAAAUACGCACAUGUCCUGGGCUUGCACUUGGCCGUAUUUCGCGGGGAGAGCGGACAGGUGUACAUCGUGGAUGCUUACUGCCCUCAUCUUGGCGCCAAUCUGGCAUUUGGCGGGAAAGUCAAGGGCGAGAGCAUAGAGUGCCCGUUCCAUGGAUGGAGGUAUCAAGGGGAGGACGGCAAAUGCGUUCACAUCGCCUACGCAGACAAAGUGCCAGACUUUGUCAAGGUUACAACUUAUCGAUCCCUGGAAAUCAAUGAUUUGAUAUUGAUAUGGUACCACGCGGAAGGGGAGGAGCCGUCCUGGUACCCGCCCGAGAUCGAGAAAAUCAAGACUGGCGAGUUGGUGUACACUGGUUGCUGGGAAGCCUACUUGGACUGUCACAUCCAGGAUAUUGUGGAAAACGGUGGUGAUUCGUCGCAUCUUGAUUACGUUCACGGACCGCAAAUCCACCCGAAGCGUUUCAUCAAUGUCAAAUGGGAGGCUCAUCCGACAAAGAAAUAUCUCAGCACGACCUACUCCGAGAGGGUGCCGUUUUGGAGUUCCAAACCCGACAAAAUUUUCCAUGAACAGUAUGGGCCUGGUCUGUCCUACGUUGAUGAUGGUGGGGAUCACUACUUCCUCACGGGCUCUGUACCAGUGGGACCCUUCAGGCAAAAAUCAGUGUUCAUGGUGUACUGUACUCCAGCCUCUCCCUUCAAUUUGGCGAGUCGCCUCUUCGCGAAACUCAUUGUUUAUUUUACUUAUGUUGUGAUCAAAGGAGAUGUACUCGUCUGGGCUAACAAGACCUACCGGCCCAAGCCCCCACUGGUCAAGGAGGACCCGUUUAUCGCACAGCAUCGCCGCUGGUUCGCCCAGUUCUACACGGAGAACAGCCCGCGACUCCGCCCCGCUGACUCCCUGCAGUGGUAAAAAGGCUGGGAAGGCGGACACGGCUGGGAAGUGGAAAUUGUAUGAAAUCUUCCAAAACUACAAGCAUUUUAACAUCACGUAUGGUGUCAAAUUAAAGGGGACAACAAGAUCUUUCAUUUGAGUGGUGUGCCAAUGAGAUCGAAUGUAAUUAAUUGUGAUUUUGGGUACGAUAAACCUGGGUUUUGGGGCUAAAAUUGUUGGUAGUAAUUUUUGCAACUUGUUUUAACAUGCAAACUGUGACUGUUAUCGAGAGUUUUUGUGUUUAAGGCAGAGAGGAAGUUUCAUAUAUUAUAAGAGUUUCAUUAUGUUCAAGUUCAUCAAACUCAGAUUUUAUGCCGUGUUAGAAACCAUGAAGAGGAAGCAACGUGAGUGACGUAACGUGAGUGACGGUACCUCCCUGUAAUCUAAUGUCCCUAGCAUCUAAAAUACACGCUUAUUUGUUUCAAACUAAGUUUUUUUUUAUAUCUAGCUAUGGGUUGAAUGAAAGGUAAAACAAUGUUAUUUCUGUGUUGCAGACUACAAUUUGAGGAGACUGAAACAACGACAUUGCAGGACAAUUUUCCAUGUCCUUUUUUUUGUAACGUGACUGACGACCAACAAAACACGUUUUCAAAAAGUGAAUGAAUGGAUUGAAUUGUUUUCUUUCCAUUUUGAGUACCCCUUACCCCAUGAUUGUUGUCCGGCUGGUUUGAUUCAGCUUGAUCAAAUACUUUUGAAGCAGUGAGAGGUCAAAGUGGCCUCAUGGCAUAUAAAUGUAACGUGAGUGACGGUGGAAUUGCCCAUUUCAUCAAGUCAAUAUGUCUUGCUACACCGGCAGCGCGCCCCUGAAAUAACCCAUAUUGUGCAACACAAAAAAAUUAUGCUUAUUUAUUCCCGCUUUGAUAGCGUAAUGAAAAAUAUAAUUAUGUGAAGAAGUACAGUUGAGUGUUUCGUUCGGAAGAGAUGUCGGUCUGCCAAAUAUUUUUUUUUUGACGAGGUGGAUACUUCAGUA